AUGUCUCCUAGCUUAGAAGGGAUCAUGUUUAACAGAAACGCAAACCUCUCAGCGCGCCGACCGUUGUUGGCGGAACCGCAAAAGCCUCUAAUGGUCCCACCACGCGCACCUCCCCGCGACACAGGCCCGCACCGAGCCCUGCCCGCAUCUAGGAAUCUGCCUACAGAUAAUCCUUACGAAUACCGACCAGAUUAUUGGAAACCAUCGAAUGUCGAACUCGAAAGGCGACUGCAGGAGGCGAGAGCCCGUGAGAAAGUCGGAUACUUUCAAGAUAAAGUAACUCCUGAAUUAAGUUUAGACCGUAGGGAAGCAGAACUAGUGUUUAGGUUUGAACCGCAGGCGUCAGAUGCCUACCUUUCGAAUCAGUAUCGUGCUCCGGUAGUGCAUUACGCCAAACCCGCGACUCCGGCGAACGGGUUCGCUGCCCGUGUGCCCGAGAGAGACGGGCCCUUCGUGUUCGGAGUGCAUAGUCCGAGCCAGUUCCCGAUAUCGCGACGGGACGAAGAUGAUUACGAUUACUCGGAGGUUGCAGAAGAGAAUGGUCGCACAGUGAUGUCUGAUGAUGUGUCUGAAGAGUUAAAUUGUUGUGAUAAAGUGAACGAGUGGGCGGUGAGGGAUAAGAAGAGUAGACGGACUUUGAAUCGGAUGUUUCAAAUAAAGGACAGAAGGAAGGUUAAAGGCGGAAAGAAGGAGAAGAUUAAGUGUGUGUUAGUAGGUGAUGGAGCCGUAGGAAAGAGUUCGUUGAUAGCUGCUUAUGCGCAGAAUAAAUUCAGGGAUGAUUAUCAGCCUACAGCAUACGACACAUUUAACGUUGUGGUGGACGUAGACGACAGACCGAUCUGCGUAGAAAUCUGUGAUACUGCGGGACAGGAUUCAAUGUCUGAACUCCGCGAACUCUGCUACCCUGGCACCGACGUGCUAAUGCUGUGCUUCUCUGUGGUGAGACCCGAGACCUUCAGAUCAGUUGCUGAAAGGUGGACCAAAGCAGUUGCUAAUGUCCAAGCUCCCCUUAUAUUGGUUGGAACACAAAGUGAUCUGGCGCAAGAUUCAAGAGUGCUGCAAACUUUAAAGGGACGAAAUGAACAAGUGGUUUCCGAAGUUGAAGCGAAGGCCUUAGCAGCCAAAAUCAAUGCAGUCUAUAUUGAAACGUCGGCCAAGACAAGAAAACAGCUGAAAGACGCUUUUGACGCCGCGAUCUUGGCUGGGUUGCCAAUCAUACAAGCAAAACGACCUUUUUGGAAGAAAUUAUUAUGUUUGAGUUAA